AUGCCUCCCAUUCUACGCAUCUUGGUUCGCAGUAUUCGAAGGGCUACUGUGAUUUGCAGGCUGCGCCUCUUACCCUGGCUUUCAGAAAAGUGUCCGUCAAAGUCUCCGGAGGUCAAUCACUCGACCGAGGGCGACGGAUUUGACCACGAUACACGAGAUGACUCUAAUCAGGAAUGGACAGCACAUGGAAGCAUCAAACUAUCUUAUCAGAAGGGCCGCUCCCUGGUCUCGAAGUUUUGGUCCCCGAACCCCGAUGCUAUCUUUCUGAGUAUCAGCACAAUGGAAUCUGGAGACUAG